CAUGUUUGUAAACAGAAAAUCUUAUUCCGAUAAUUUGGUUAAGUUACUACAGUUUCGCUGGCAAAAAUUUAAAAAUGACCAGCCAAGAGCGACAAAUUUUGCGAAAAAUGGAAUUCCCUGACAUGGCCCGAGAGGCACUCCCCAUAAUUGAAAAUCUGAUCAUCAACCGCAACAAACAUGACAUCGCAAUGGACCUCAUUGCGGAAUGCGUAUUUCGCGAGCGAAAAGAAGACCUACGAAAUCCCCAGCCGUAUCAGAAGCAACCAUUUGCUCCGAGACUUUCGUCGAUCGAGGAAUUCCAACUGGUGUUGGUUUUGUGCAACUUUUUCAGCCGACCGGGUCCGGAUGCGACCCGAAAUGCUGUGUUCUUCUCCCUAUUUGGAGGUUCUAUCGGACGGACAAGUGUGCUGAACAAAUUGAUCAGUACGGCAGUGUCUGGGUCGAUUGCGCCGUUGCUAUGCGCCGCAGGAACCUGGAUGCAACAGCUCGGUUGCACCUCUCCGUUAAGCCUAGAACUAGCUCAAUGCAUCGUCAAAGAUUUUAUUAUCUUCUCUAGCAAAUCGUCAGAACAACUCAAAUCUCUACCAAUGGUAGCGCCCCGUUUCGCUGCAAAUUUUAUGACUGCGGUAACUGACCUAUACCUCAAUGGAGGAAAGGGGCAGCAAAUGCCACCACCGGAUCUACUGCUAGACGUCAUCACCGAAUGGGUGUCAGAGAAUCCUGCUUUGUGUCUUGCUUCUCAGCAACCGAUGGCACUACCCCCGGGAGCAAUCGCAAUGCCCGUGGUAACACCGCUGUCGGGAUUAAUCCGUUGGUGUGUCUUAUCGUUACUGAUAACCCAUAAACAGGAUUUGUACAGUAAGCUCCAUCUAGCUGUGUUGCAGAGCUUACUGGAAGCAACACCUCCUGUUACUGCUCCCCCGAGUGCUCUUAAUGCGCAGCAUUUAGGAUUAAUCGUGAAUUCGUUACAGUUCGAAAUGGAUGCAAUGCUCAAAAUGGGAAAAACACUCAACGAAGAAUACAUUCACAGCUGUCUCGAAAGGUUUGCUCAAGCCGUGCAGGUCGGUUUGACCUCCAGGUGCAUAUUUGGAAAUAUUCCACAACUUGUGUGUCGAUUAGAGACAUUGCCCAGUAAAAAUAAAUUACUUCAGAUCGUUAUAAACGCAAAUAGGACAACGUAA